CCCCCCACCACUGCCACUGCUCCUAACCCUCACAUUCCAAGAUUCAUCUGCUCUUCAUCGUGCUUAAUAUACAUGUUUCUGUACCGUGCAUUAAGAAGAUUCCAGAAAGGAGUUCAAAACGGCUGCUGGGGAAAGGCCACCAAACAUGCCUACAGAAACACUACAGACAGGUAGCAUGGUCAAACCCGUCAGCCCUGCCAUCACGUUCACUUCUGCUGUCCCUCUUCGCAUUUUAAACAAAGGACCUGACUAUUUCCGUAGGCAGGCCGAGCCUAACCCAAAAAGACUCAGUGCGGUAGAGAGGCUGGAAGCCGACAAGGCAAAAUACGUCAAGAGCCAAGAGGUCAUCAAUGCCAAACAAGAGCCUGUCAAGCCGGCAGUGCUUGCCAAGCCACCGGUAUGUCCCGCGGCGAAGCGAGCCUUGGGCAGCCCUACCUUGAAAGUGUUCAACAAUAACGCAAAGACUGAGAGUGGAGUCCAGAGGGAGAAUCUAAAGCUAGAGAUUUUGAAAAACAUCAUCAACAGCUCAGAGGGCUCCAGUUCAGGUUCAGGUCACAAGCAUAGUUCACGAAAUUGGCUUCCCCACAGAUCUGAUUCGGGAGACCUAAACCGUCACUCGUUUGCAGAGUCCUUAAAGGUGUUCCCAACUCAAGGCCGUAGCAGUCCCCAAGAAAGCAACUCCAGUGUGAGCAGAAGACUACUGGAACAGUCGCCAGAGUCGUUCUUGCACGUUUCUCAUAGCUCAUCAGACAUUAGAAAAGUAUCUAGCGGUAAAUCCUUAAAAGCAAUACCAUGCAGUAGUUCAGCUCCACCCCUGCCUCCCAAACCCAAAAUUGCCGCCCUCACUACUUUGAAAUCACCAGAGAUGGAUGUGGUGGAGCCCGGUUGUGGCGUCAGCAGAAGGCCUUCGCUACAGCGCUCAAAGUCAGACUUAAGUGACAGAUACUUCCGUGUCGACGCAGACGUGGAAAGGUUCUUUAACUACUGUGGACUGGAUCCUGAAGAGCUUGAAAACCUUGGGAUGGAAAAUUUUGCAAGGGCUAACUCUGAUAUUAUCUCUCUCAAUUUUCGCAGCGCCAGUAUGAUCAGUUCAGACUGUGAACAGUCUCAGGACAGCAACAGUGACCUUAGAAACGAUGACAGUGCCAAUGACCGUGUGCCAUAUGGCAUUUCUGCCAUUGAGAGAAAUGCCAGAAUCAUCAAGUGGUUGUACAGCAUCAAGCAGGCUAGAGAGUCACAGAAAGUGUCCCAUGUAUAAGUGGAUGCACCAGGGGAACAAGCAAGGACUGUAUCUUUGUGAAUAGUCAGUUUGUGAAGGGUUGUGAAGUCUACUUGAAGUCUUAAUACACUUCUCAGAUCUCUUUUUUUUUUUUGUGUUGCUUGUUGUGCAAUGUUUUCAAGUUGCAUGCCUGUCAACAUGUGAACUGACCUGGCUUCCACUUGAACAAUAAUUAGCUACAGAGCCUGGCUGAGCUUACACACAUUAUCUGCCAAAAGUUUAAGACCAGAAUCCAAAUAGGGCUUUGUUUAUAAACAAAUAUGUUUACAUUAAAUGGCUGUAUGGCUUCUUUUCAAUAUUUCUGUAGUCCCCUGUGGGUGUUUUUUUAA